UUUGGAGGGCUCUUAGCAACGGCCCUGGGUUGACCCUCCUCAGCCAUGAGAAAAUCAAAUCAGUGUGCCUUUCUUCCAGGCGCGACGAACAUCAAGGCAGCCUUCCCUCCCUGCUUGUUAAUCACCUGCUUCUGCCGAUCUCGAGGUUCCACUGAGAGGGGGAGGAAACGACCACCACCCAUCCCCCUCCUCGCUGCUCGGGGAGGGGGUUGAGGCUGGCUUGUACACCAUCGCAUCUCUUGAUAGGCAGGCGGAACUGAGAAAGGAGGGUACCAGCCCCCGCCCCCUACCCCUCCUGGGCUGUCCAGAGCGUUAUUCUAGAGCCACUGGAGCGUGGCUGCGCUUUUCUUUCCCAUUUGGAGGUGCAACCCCAUUGGCUUCCUUGGCUUCUUGAAUUAAACCACGCCCGGCUUUCUUGCCUGCUUUGCUGCUGGCUGGGCCAGGCCGCCCAGCCACAUCUCAGCGAGUUUGCUAGAAGCCAGGGUGGGGAGGCUGCCGCAGCUGCUAUUGUGUGGAUGCCUCUCCUCUCUUCCAGAGAUGGCUAACAGGGGCCCCAGCUACGGCUUAAGCCGGGAAGUACAGGAGAAGAUCGAGCAGAAGUACGACGCGGACCUGGAGAACAAACUGGUGGACUGGAUCAUCCUGCAGUGCGCUGAGGACAUAGAGCAUCCACCCCCUGGCAGGGCGCAUUUUCAGAAAUGGUUAAUGGACGGGACGGUCCUUUGCAAGCUGAUAAACAGUUUAUACCCACCAGGACAAGAGCCUAUCCCCAAGAUCUCAGAGUCAAAGAUGGCUUUUAAGCAGAUGGAGCAAAUCUCCCAGUUCCUAAAAGCAGCAGAGAUCUAUGGCGUGAGGACCACUGACAUUUUUCAGACAGUGGAUCUAUGGGAAGGGAAGGACAUGGCAGCUGUGCAGAGAACCCUGAUGGCUCUAGGCAGCGUUGCAGUCACCAAGGAUGAUGGCUGCUACCGGGGAGAACCGUCCUGGUUCCACAGGAAAGCCCAGCAGAAUCGGAGAGGAUUUUCUGAGGAGCAGCUUCGCCAGGGACAGAACGUAAUAGGGCUGCAGAUGGGCAGCAACAAGGGGGCCUCCCAGGCGGGCAUGACGGGCUAUGGGAUGCCCAGGCAGAUCAUGUGACAUGUUGCAUCCCGCCCCUCUGGUAGAGAGGACGACUGGUCCACACCACAGUUUCUGUGAAAAAGAAAUAGGUAGUCACCUGACCUUCUCCUCUUUCUCAAAGCCUCCUGUCCUUGGUUUUUGCAAGUGCUGCACUUCUGCUAAGAAUCCACGUUGCCUAUGCUACCACCUUAUGUUCAUUUAGAACUAUGCAAAGACUCCGCUUUCUUCCUCUUCCUGUUCUCCUUCUAAGGUGUCUAUUUGGUUAUUUAUUUAUUUAUUUGCCCAAAAAAAUCCCCUGUUCAACUUAUAGAACACACUGAAUAAACAAUUAGUCU